ACUGAGCUCAAAAGACGGAAUCACAAUGGCUACCUCCAGUGCACACCCUUUUGACCCUAUCACGCCGGCCGAGAUUGUUCUGGCCACUAAGCUCCUGGAGGCUGCGUUUCCCGGCGUCAAGCUUCGAUACAAGAAGAUUGAUAUUCAGGAACCAAUCAAGAGCGAGGUCCUUCCUUAUAUCGAGGCCGAGCGACUCGGAAAGCCGCUACCUCCCAACCCGACACGAUUGUUACAAGUGCUCUUCCACCGUCUGGACACCGGUGCUUUUCUGAAAGCGUCCUUGAACGCGGGAACACGAUCCAUCAUCUUUGCCAAGGAGUUGCCCAAGGAUGUCCAGGCCCCCGUAGAUGCGGACGAGUUGGAGGAAAUCGAGCGACUGUGCUUGAACCACCCCGCCGUACAGGCCGAAGUGGCCAAGCUGCAGCUCCCGGCUGGGGUGACUGUUUGCAACGAUCCCUGGAUCUAUGGGAGAGACGAUCCCAAUGAAACUCGCCGGCUGUUCCAGUGUUACAUGUACAUCGUUGCCGCAAACCACCCGCAGAACAACCAUUACUCCGCCCCGUGCAAGUUCUCUCCGGUGUUCGACGGCAUCACGCACGAGCUGGUCCGGAUCGACUUCUUGCCCGGUGGAGCCGAUUCGCAGACCACAGAGACCCAACCGUGGAAGCCGGUGAAGACUGUCCAGUAUGCGCAUGAGUUGCUUGAGGAGCCGGUGCGGACGGACCUCAAACCAUACAUCGUGCAACAGCCCGAGGGGCCGUCGUUCAACGUGCAGGGUAAUGUGGUCUCAUGGCAGAAGUGGAGAUUUCGCGUUGGAUUCAACAGCCGCGAGGGGCUGGUUAUCUAUAACACCACCUAUGACGGACGGAGCCUGUUUUACCGAUUGUCUGUUUCGGAGAUGACCGUGCCUUAUGGAGACCCCCGCGCACCCUACCACCGCAAACAAGCCUUCGACGUCGGCGAUAUCGGGUUCGGCAUUACCGCCAAUCAGCUGUCAUUGGGAUGCGAUUGUCUAGGCCAUAUCAAGUACUUCGACGGCUACCGCGCCGACUCGAAAGGCCAGCCCCUCCUCCUCAAGAACGUGAUCUGUCUCCACGAGCAAGACAACGGACUGCAGCACAAACACACCAACUACCGCACCAAGGCCGCCACCGUGGUGCGCAACCGGCAACUCGUGAUCCAAAUGAUCUGCACCGUAGCGAACUACGAGUACAUCUUCGCGUUCAUCUUCGACCAAGCCGCGAACAUCGAGCUGGAGGUGCGCGCGACCGGCAUUCUGUCCACCGUACCUUUCGACAACGAGACACCCGGCACGACAGUGCCCUGGGGCACGAACGUCGGCCCGGGCGUCAUGGCACCGUUCCACCAACACCUCUUCUCGUUCCGCAUCGACCCAGCCCUCGACGGCCACAAGAACACAGUCUACUACGAGGAUAGCGUCCCGCUGCCGGACGACGAAAACAACCCGUACCUGGUGGGCUACACGACGGAGCAGACGGUGCUGCAACGCAGCGGCACAGCCGAAACAGACAUCGCGCGGCACCGCGUAUUCAAGAUCCGCAACGACGCCUGCAUCAACCCCAUCACGUACAAGCCCGUGGCCUACAAGCUGCAGACCUCGCCCAGUCAGAUGCUGCUAGCGAGCCCCAAGUCGUAUGGCGUCAAGCGCGCCCGCUUCGGCACCAAGCCGAUCUGGGUGACGCGGUAUCGCGACGACGAGCUCUAUGCGGCGGGCGAGUUCACGAACCAGAGCGCCGACAGCCAGGGGGUGGACAAGUGGGUGCAGCGGGGUGAUGUGGUCGAGAACGAGGAUCUCGUGCUGUGGCAUACAUUCGGCUUGACCCAUAACCCCCGCAUUGAGGACUUCCCUGUCAUGCCCAUGGAGCGAGUGAGUGUGAUGCUGCGGCCUGACGGGUUCUUCACCAAGAACCCUGCGUUGGAUGUCCCCGCGUCGACCCAGACGUUCAACCAGUCGACUCUGCACCCUGAGCCGGUUGCUUGCUGUGCGCCGGUGGAGAGGCAGGGGAAGUUGUAGAUUGUGUUUGUUGCUGGAUAGAUUUUCUUUUUCGAAGCGUCACGAUUGAUGAUUUGGUGCAUAGUCAGAUUCAUGUUGCCUAUUGUCUACUGGGCUUGU